ACCUGGUCGGAUGAUUUUGAAAUUAAUUCUUUAAUAACAUGCGUUAGUAAUAGCUGAGGUUUAAAAAAUAGUGAAAACCAAAAACAGUAUUAUGUUCGAACAAGCGUAUGGUAUUGAUUUUCAACAGUAAACAUAUUGCUGAUAGAAAUUUAAGAAGCCUGACCAGACACGCAUACUACAAUCGGCUCGAGUCUAAUGAGUACAAAACAAAAGCAAUAAAAAAUUUCAUCGAAAAUCUCGCGGCCGUGACAAUUAAUUUCCUGCAGUGAUCUAUACACUCCCUCACUUCCCCCAUGACACACAUAAGAUUAUGCAGAAUCACUUUUCAUUUACUAUUACCUAAAAACAAUUUCCAACUAUAUGUGUCUCGAUGCGGUGUUUUUUUGCAAAUCGCUUAUACGGGGAUUUCUCUCUCCUACUCUUUCCUUAUAUUUUUCUUUAGGGUUUUGUCCAUCUACUUUUAAUUGUUUUAUUUUACGGACAUAUAAAAACUGCCCACGCGCUGUCGGACAACUUUAGUUAUUAACAUAGAUCUGAUCCUACAACAGAUUUAUCGAAUACGGUACGAAUACAAUCAUGUGGCGCCGAUUACGAUGUGUUGUGCUAUUUGUGGCUUUUUUCGCGUCAUAUUUGUUGUCAGAAGUUAAAGGACAUGUAGAACUUUAUCCAGAAAAAGACAGCUUGGAUAAUAAAAUUCAAAAUAAUUCAAAUGAUUACAUAAAAAAUGAUACUUUUGUAGCAGAUAUACUUAAACAGGUUGUAACAAAAAAAUGUUCUCAUCAUUAUUCUAUGACCUGUUUAAAAUUGGAUCUGGUUCGUUUGGUUGAUCGCUUGGGAACAAAAAAGGUUUUUCAGUUAUUUCCCGGCAUCUCUAUUGUAAGGUCCACUAAUGAUAACGAAACAAAUGAUAACCACCAGAAAUACCAACAUAUUCCUUUAGAUAUAGUUAGAUCUUUAGUAAAGAACAACGAUUCAAAUGAAUUACUCGAUGGAUUUCUUGUAGAAAAGAUAGAUGAAUACCUGAAUUCGUUGUCAUUUAGUGUGAAACUAGUCGAUUCCACUCUUGUUGACAACAUUCGAAAGAUGAGCAGUAGAAUGUUGAUCAAUAUUAUGCCCAGUAAUUUACUGCAAACUGGACGUGGAAAGAAACAUGGAAUGCACGCUGCAUUAUGGUCGGCUGGUACUUUAGCCGCUAUAGGAUUUGCAGCCUUAGCCGCCUUGUCCGGAAAAGCAUUGAUGACUGCAAUGUUAGCGUUAGUUUUGGCGGCUAUAAGUGCGAUGAGGGGCCAGGGUGGAGGAAUGGGCGGUGGUGGUUGGGGUGGUAAAACCUCACAUUAUGAGAUCAUAACUAAGCCGGCUGCGGUUUACGACCACGAUCAUCUCGUACACGGAGCCACAUAUUCUUCAGCGCCAUACAGUUACGCCAGACAUUUAAUCAUGGAAGAAGGAGGUCGCAGUAGUGACUUAGGAAAUGGUAGUGGCUCUCCUUCUGGAACACCUCAACAAAUUAAUAUUAUUCGAAAUUUUGAGUCAAUAGAUUCAACUGGAUCUGCCUUACCUUUGGAUGACGGCGAAGAGCCAAUAGAGUCAUACCCAUUGACUCCAAUUACUUAUAUACCAACAAACAACACUUAAUAGUAUAUUAUUGAAUAUCAUUAAAUUAUUUUUAUUUAUUAAUUAACAAUAAAUAUUACAUGCAUUUUUAAAUGACUAUUUAUUAAUAUAUUAGACUUGAUUAUUUAUUACAGAAAAUUCGUUUAACAAUCAUAGUAUAUAAUCAUGUU